AUGGUCGAACGUAAUCCCGAUGAAUUAUUGUCAUGUAAAUUAUGUCCUGAAGAUGCAAAAAAAAAUUUCUGUAUAGCAAAUUGUAUUGGAUGUAAAGAUUUAUUUUGUUUUGUUCAUUUAAUUCAACAUCGUCAAGAAUUAUCAAAUGAAUUCGAUCAAUUAAUCAAUCAACAUAAAGAUCUGAAUGAAAAAUCAUUUAAUCAAUUAAAUAUAAAGCAACAUUUAGAAUAUAUUGAUAAAUGGGAAUAUGACAUAAUUGAAUUAAUUCAUCAACAUACAAAAGAUGUUAAAGAAAAAAUUCUAUGCAUAUUUAAUGUAUAUAAAUCUGAAUUAAAACGACGUCAUAAAUAUCUAGGAGAAGAAAUUAAUGUGAAACGAGAUUUAAAUGCAUUUAUUGAAAGUGAUCUUGAAGAAUUAUCACACCAAAUGAAACAAUUAGAUAAAGAUAUUCAAAAUAUCAACAAAGUAUUAAAUCAGAUAAGUAUCAAUGAAUUAAAUCAGAUAACCAAUAAAUACAAUGAAUCAGUAAUUAUUACAGAAAAAUCAAUAAAAUGGAAUUAUUUAUGUGAAAUAAAACUUGAUUCAACCUAUGGUCAUAUGGCAGCUAAUAAUCAACAAAUAUUUCUUGGUUGGAAAAAUCGUAUUGUUAUUUAUAAUAUUGAUGGUACAAAAUAUGAUGAAACACGUUUACAGUCAGUUGAAACAUAUGGUGAAUUAUGUGAUUUAAUAUAUUCAUCAACAAUGGAAUGUUUUUUUAUUUUAUGUCGAAAAUCUUUAUUUAUUCAUUAUCCAACCAGUCAUCAAGUAGAAAUUUUAUCAUAUAUAACAUUAAUUAAUCAUAAUAAUCAUUAUAUAUCAAUAACAACAAAUAAAAAUAAAUUAUUUUUAUUAAAUGAAAAAUCUCUUGAUGUAUGGAGAUUAAAUAAUAAAAUAUUUUUAUUAGAUUAUUCAAUAUUAAUAACAUCGAUUAUUAAAAAUCAAUUCGAUGAAAAUAUUUGUUGUAUACGUACAACUGAACAAAAUUUAGCUGUACUUAUACAAAAUCAUAAAACACAUACAUGGCGUUUAGAUUUAUUUAAUAUAUAUCCAUUUCAAUGUAUUUAUAUGGGUAUAUCAUUUGAUUAUUUUAAUCAACCAAAUCUUGGUUUAUUUAUACCAUUGAAUAAUAAGAUUUAUUUAUUUAUGAAUUGGGAAACAAAAUUAAUGAGAAUGAUAGAUUCAAAUGGUUUAAAUCAAAUUAUUGAUUAUAAUGCAUUUAAUGCAUGUUUAUUAGGUACUGAACAUAAAAUUAUUGUGAAUUAUAUGACACAUUUAAAAGUCUAUGAAUUUUGA